AACACAGUGGAGUUGCAGCAAAUGUUUGACAAAAUAGUAGACACCGGUGAAACUGCAUGGACUCCAACUGCUGGGCCUAUUCCUCCAGUACAACAGAAUGCGGGGUUUGAAGAUGCUGUUGAUUUGGAAGAAGGAAGUGGUGAUUCUUAUGAGGUGAAUGUCAUCCCAACACAAACUGGUGGAAGAAGUGAAAAAAGGAAAAAAAACACAAUUGGUACUUCACUUACUGGCAAAGGGAAGAAAGUGAAAUUAGGGGGUGCAGCAUACAUGCAGAAACAAUUGAAUCGUCUUUGUGAUGCAGUUGAAAGUUAUACCACAACUACUUUGAAUGAUUCAUCAAAGAAGAAUUAUGAAGCACAUGUUGAUAGCACUGAAGAAUGUUUGGAGAUGUUGUUAACUUUACCUGGAGUUGAAGAUGGUAAUGAGCUUUUUAUGUUAGCAAGAGUUAGAAAGGGACAAGAUAAGGUGGAUUUAGAUCCAAGGUGGAAUUAUGAAAAUAGUGAUGAGUGUGAGGUGGAGGAAGAAAAUAGUGAUGAGGAUGAGAUGGAGGAACAAGCUAUAGAACAAAGAGAUAAGCAGGUGGAAGUUACAGGGUGGCUUGGAUCUACUCAUGAUGCAUGUGUUUUCACCCAUACAUUGGAAAAUCAUAAGGAUAUGUUUCCUCAUCCUCCUGAUGGUAAAUAUUAUCUUGUUGAUGCUAGUUAUCUUAAUAUAAAUGGAUAUUUGGCACCUUAUAAAGGAGAAAGGUAUCACAUUCCUGAUUCUAGACGUGGAAGCCAACCAAUCGAUUAUCAAGAAGUAUUCAACCAUGCUCAUGCUUGUCUUAAAAAUGUCAUUGAAGGAUCUAUUGGGUGUUGGAAAAAUAGCUCCAGUCACACCAAACGGGUUCUUAAUUUGAGAUCUGGGUAUCACCAGUUGAAGAUUAAUGGAGAAGAUGUUCCCAAAACUGCUUUUAGAACUCAAUAUGGACAUUAUGAGUUUCUUGUAAUGCCAUUUGGGUUGACUAAUGCACCUAUAACAUUUAUGGAUAUGAUAAAUAAGGUGUUCAAGUUGUAUCUAGAUAAAUUUGUGGUGGUGUUUAUUGAUGAUAUAUUGGUGUACUUUAGAAGCAAAGUUGAGCAUGAGGAGCAUCUGCGAUUGGUGCUACAGAUUCUAAGGGAGAAGAAGCUUUAUGUAAAAUUUAAGAAGUGUGCGUUUUGGUUGAAUAGUGUGGCAUUCUUAAGACAUGUGGUGUUUAAGGAUGGAGUCUCUAUGGAUCCAAAUAAAGUGAAGGUAGUAGUGGAGUGGAGGAGGUUGACUAAUUUUAUUGAGGGAGUGAAAUUUGAGUGGACUGAUGGUUGUGAGCAAAGUUUCCAACAGUUAAAGAAUCGAUUAGUUUCAGCUCCAAUCUUAAUCAUUCUCGAUGAUAGUGGUGGAUUUAUUAUUUAUAGUGAUGCUUCCAAGAAGGGGUUGGGUUGUGUGUUGAUGCAGUAUGAUAAGAGGCACUACCUUUAUGGUGAGCAGUGUGAGAUAUUCACUGAUCAUAAGAGCUUGAAGUAUGUAUUCACACAAAAGGAAUUGAAUAUGAGACAGAAGAGAUGGUUAGAGUUGUUGAAGGAUUAUGCUUUAAUCAUCAGUAAUCAUUUGGGCAAGGCAAAUGUAGUGGCUGAUGCUUUGAGCAAGAAAGAUCAUGGGAACUUAGCCACUUUAGUCACCUCAAAUAGGCAAAUUUUGAGAGACUUGGACAGGAUGCAAGUGGAGAUUAAAGAGCCUAGUUUUGGUGUUUAGUUGGCUACCUUAGUUGUUCGACCUACUUUAAUAGAAAGAAUUAAAAUUG